AUGUCUGAACACAGCAGCUCCUAUCAAAGCAAAGCAAGCACGACCCGAUACACAUCCGAUUUCAGCUCACCAUUCCCAUCGCAUGUCGAGCAACAGCUACAUGAAGUGCGUGAAUACACCAUCCAUCAAUUUGAGAACUCGCGUAUGAUGAUCAGCGAGACUCAAGCCAAGUUGUUGAAUCAACUCAUCAAAUUGGUUCAUGCUAAGCGCGUUCUGGAAAUUGGCACCUAUACUGGUUACUCCGCUAUCGCUCAAGCAGCUGCUUUGCCGCCUAAUGGAAAAAUGAUCACUUUGGACAUCAAUGAAGCUACUCAAGCAAUUGCUCGGCGCUAUCUUGAAAAGGCAAAGCUUUUAGACAAGGUGAAAUUACAACUAGGACCAGCUGCUGACAGUAUACGAGCCAUGAUCGACAACAAGAAGACUCCAGCUGAGAAAUUUGAUUUCAUCUUUAUGGAUGCUGACAAGGAUGCCUACAUCACUUACUACAACCUUAUUAUGGAUCAUGACCUCCUUUCGGAUGAUGGGUUGAUUGUUUGCGAUAACGUUUUACGCCAAGGCAAUGUGGUCCGUGCUGCUGGUUAUGAAGAGGGCACCAUCACCGGUCGAGGUCCAGAUGCCGAAUCUCACGCUAAAGCUGUCCAUGAAUUCAAUCAACAUGUCGCCAAGGAUACCCGUGUUCAAGCUGUCAUUUUACCCCUCUACGAUGGCAUGACAUUGAUCCGUAAAGCUUAA